GCGGCCGGCGCCGCUUCCCGGUGUCCGUGCCGAGGGCUCCGCCUGCAGCCGGGCCCGAGCGGGAGCCCAGCUCAGCUCAGCCGCGCCGCCGGCACGGACGGAGGAGGGAAGGAGGGGGGCGCCGGGCCGGACACGGCUCCGGGAGCCCCGCUCGCCGUUGUUUAAAGGUGCCCUCCUUGGGCUAGCAGCCGAGCGCCGUGGGGUGGUGCCUUCGGGGCCCCGGGGUCACGCGUUAAACAGUUUGGCUCUGAAAGAAGAGCAGAAGUGAUAAAGGUGCCUGCGUGUGCUUAUUGCUCCAAGUAUACCUGGUUUUCCCUUCAGUUAUUUAUCCAGGGAACAGCGGGUCAUUAGUCCUGCUGCAGCUUUUCCCUCUCAAGUCACAGCUGCAGGGAGCCUGUAUGGCGUUUCUGCUAAAGCACAGACUGUAUGUACUGUGUUGCAGAUGGGCAAGGUCUGUGCUGUUUUUGGAGGAUCCCGUGGGAUAGGCAAAGCUGUGGCAGAGCUCCUGGCACAGAAAGGCUGCCGCCUGGCCAUCAUUGCUAGGAAUCUGGACGUGGCCCAGAGCACUGCCCGUAACCUUGGUGCAGGACAUCUGGCACUUAGCUGUGAUGUAUCCAGUGAACAAGAAGUCCAAAAGACUUUUGAGGAGAUGCAGAGGAAUUUGGGUCCUAUUAACUACUUGGUUAAUGCAGCUGGGAUCAACAGGGAUGGUUUGCUACUGAGAACCAAGACUGAAGAUAUGAUAGCCCAGAUUCACACUAACCUUUUGGGAACAAUGUUGACAUGCAAGGCUGCUGUAAAGGUCAUGAUUCAACAGCAGGGAGGUGCUAUUGUCAAUAUAGGGAGUGUUGUAGGACUUAAAGGCAACUCUGGUCAAAGUGUGUAUAGUGCUACCAAAGCAGGAUUAGUUGGAUUUUCACGCUCUCUUGCUAAAGAAGUAGCAAAAAAGCAAAUCCGAGUCAACGUUGUUGCUCCAGGCUUUAUUCACACAGAGAUGACAGCUCAUUUGGAAGAAGAUCAGUUGAAGAAAUCAAUUCUCCUUGGAAGAUUCGGAGAGCCUCAUGAAGUUGCACAAGCUGUUGUCUUUCUUCUAGAAUCCCCAUAUGUUACAGGGAGUGUUCUGGUUGUAGAUGGAGGCUUACAGCUUAUGACCUAAGUACUACCUUGAAUAAAUGACUGCUUUAAUUUCAUGAUGGUAAUAUAUAAAUAUAUAGUAAAUAAAGGGAGAGGGUUGGAAAUCGUUUGAUGAUUGAUGUACAUAAUUGACUUGGUCUUAUUUAGUCAGAGGAGAAAUUCACCAGCAGCGAAGUGCAACGUGUGUGUUUAGCUGCCUGAAAGAGUCUGUUUGGUAUUACAAAGUCUGUGUAUAAAACAAUUUGAAAAAGAUCUGGUUUUGAUAUAGUGAUAGCUUUAAUAAUGUGCUGAUAUGUUUUUAAAGCACCGUAUUUUUCUAAAGUCCUGUUUGCUAAUUUGGGACAGAAUGAGAUUUUAUUUGAAUUAUCACAUUGCACAAAGGUUAAUAAAGUGCAGAGACAUAUUUAUUGGGUGGCAGGUAUGAUUGCAUCAAGUUUUUCAAGUAGAGCAAAGAUUGUGAACUGCAUAGUUUUGCAUUCUUAUCAGUUAGUCCCUACAAAGUAGCAAAAAGUUUCCUUUGAGCUUUGUUUGUUUGUACCUAACACUACAAAGCUAGGAACUUCUAGAUCUUCAGGCAUACCUGAGUUGCCUUUAGAAGCUUUAAUUAUAUGCAAUGUGUUUUUAUAAAGACAAAGCCUACUUGGUUCCAUUCCUGUAUGUAUGUACAGCACUCACUCAAUCCUGUGGCUCUUGCACGUGCCUAUUGAAGGAUUGCUACAGCACUGGAGCUGCUAAUCCUCUCAUACUCUCAGCUUGAGCUGCACAUUCACUGCUGAACACUAUGGCCUCAGACCUUGCUCUGUAGGACACUUUGCAAGGACUCAGAAGAUGUUUAGAACAUGUGUCACUUCCAGAGCACAAAGUCAAGGUGUUCUGUGUUUUGCUCUGUAUCUUCAUGAACACUCAGUUCAGCUGUUAAGUUGAUGCUCUCUCAUAUGUAUGUAUAGUCAAUAAAAUAGCCAUUUAUUUUAUUCAAAGCAA